AUGGCGGCGCCCAAGUGCGCGGCCUGCGGCAAGAGCGUGUACGCGGCAGAGGAGGUGAAAGCGCUGGACCGGAGCUGGCACCAGCUCUGCUUUUGCUGCGCGGCCUGCGGCAAGUCGCUGCGAGGCGGUCAGUACAAGGAUCACGAGGGGCAGCCCUACUGCGAGGCAGACCACAAGAAGCUCUUCGGCCCAAAGGGAAUCGGUUUCGGCACUCUGGCCGACACCGGCACGGGCGCUGCGGCUCCGGACGCAUCUGUGGAGAGCGCGGGCGUCUCGGUCAAGGACCGGCUCGCUGCGUUUCAGGGUAAACUGGCAGCUGGAGAAAGGCCAAAAGCCACUCCGGCAGUGGCCGCGCGAUUCCAGUCAACUUCCCCAAAAUGCCCUGCCUGCAACAAAAGCGUCUAUGCAGCUGAAGAGGUGAAGGGGCUGGGGCAGUCCUGGCACGCCCUUUGCUUUUGCUGCAAAGCAUGUGGCAAGAGCUUGCGCGGAGGCAACUACAAGGAUCAUGAUGGCCAACCAUAUUGUGAGGCAGAUCACGGCAAGCUGUUUGGCCCAAAGGGCAUUGGAUUUGGGACCACGCUCGGAGAUACUGGAAUCGCGGCUGAAACUGAGGCCCCUGCAUCAGUCGAGGCUUCGUCGACAGCUGCUAGUGAAGGCUAUUCUGGCGCUUUGAAGGAUCGCAUGGCUGCAUUUCAAGGUGUUCCUAUUCCAACUGACACUGACGCUUUUCGCGAACUUCAAAGUGAAGCCAAGCGAAUUGGAAAACCGGGCUUAGCUUUCCAGUCAACUUCCCCAAAAUGCCCUGCCUGUAACAAAAGUGUCUAUGCAGCUGAAGAGGUGAAGGGGCUGGGGCAGUCCUGGCACGCCCUUUGCUUUUGCUGCAAAGCAUGUGGCAAGAGCUUGCGCGGAGGCAACUACAAGGAUCAUGAUGGCCAACCAUAUUGUGAGGCAGAUCACGGCAAGCUGUUUGGCCCAAAGGGCAUUGGAUUUGGGACCACGCUCGGAGAUACUGGAAUCGCGGCUGAAACUGAGGCCCCUGCAUCAGUCGAGGCUUCGUCGACAGCUGCUAGUGAAGGCUAUUCUGGUGCUUUGAAGGAUCGCAUAGCUGCAUUUCAAGGUGUUCCUAUUCCAACUGACACUGACGCUUUUCGCGAACUUCAAAGUGAAGCCAAGCGAAUUGGAAAACCGGGCUUAGCUUUCCAGUCAACUUCCCCAAAAUGCCCUGCCUGCAACAAAAGCGUCUAUGCAGCUGAAGAGGUGAAGGGGCUGGGGCAGUGCUGGCACGCGCUUUGCUUUUGCUGCAAAGCAUGUGGCAAGAGCUUGCGCGGAGGCAACUACAAGGAUCAUGAUGGCCAACCAUAUUGUGAGGCAGAUCACGGCAAGCUGUUUGGCCCAAAGGGCAUUGGAUUUGGGACCACGCUGGGAGAUACUGGAGUGUCGUCCGGAUGA